AGUUGCCUAGGGAGAGCCAGAGGAGCAACGAAUGCUCUUUAUUGGCGAGCGCGGGCUGCUAGUUGCGGCAAACAAAUACUUUAUAAUCGUUCUGCACAUAUUUCACAAGUGUUAAAUGUUAAGCUUCCCUAGCAGCACCAACGGACAGAUGUCAAUGUUUUCUUACCUUCAUUAUAACAACUGUGAAAGCGUGUGGGAAGUAUGACUGUUUCUCGUGGUCGAAAACUGACUGACACGUUUCUGACAGCUAUGCCAAAGAAACUAAAAAGACCGAGCGAGCCUGGCACGAGAUGACAAUGAUACGUACAGUACUAGUAAUACUUCCCAUACAAUAGGGACCUGAUGAAAAGGGAUCUUUUACCUGUCUGUGUACCCAAGUGACACACAUUUGCUUGGCACAACGGACUUAUAAUUGCGUAGCUUACGUGUUUUUAGUGUUCUUUUUUGCGGUGUUGCAAUGCUGAUUUAAAUAAAUAUAUGUUGUUUACUGUGACUUGAAUGGGUUGUGCAUGAACGUAGUAUUUCGUGUACUAUGCAGCGCCAACAAAUGAUCGAGGAAAUAGAAGAAGAAGGUCCCAGCCGGUGUAGUACUAUUCUGUACUACACCUGGAAAGUGUGCACAUGUUUGUUUUCACAUGUGCUCCUCGUGUCUAUGGUUGUUACCUACUGUAUCCUCGGUGCCUUUACGUUCCGUCAUCUUGAAGCCGACAACGAACUGGAGGUGAAGCGCAACAUCAGCCGCAUACGCAGCAACGUGACGGCGGACCUGUGGCGGCUGACAGACGGCCCGCCGGUGCUGCACCAGGAGAACUGGACGCGGGCGGUGGUGAAGCGGCUGCAGGUGUUCGAGCACGAGCUGGUGCGCUGCGUCAAGCGCGACGGCUGGGACGGCACCGAGGACGAGAAGGCCGUCCAGUGGACGCUCAUAGGCGCGCUCUUCUACUCCAUCAUCGUCAUCACCACCAUCGGCUACGGGCACAUCGCGCCCAAGACGCACUGGGGGAAGGUGGUGACCAUCUUCUACGCGAUCCUGGGCAUCCCGCUGAUGCUGCUGUGCCUGUCCAACAUCGGCGACAUCAUGGCGCACUCGUUCCGCUUCCUGUACUGGCGCGUCUGCUGCUACGCGUGCACGCGCCGGCCGCGCGCCGCCCGCCUGCCGCCCCCGCUGGUGCUGGCGCCGUCGGCGCUGCUGCCCCCGGGCCCUGGGGGCGGGCCCGCCCCCGCAGGCAUGCUCCUGCCCGCGCCUCCGGGCCACCAGUUCCGGCGCGCCAGGAGCAUGAGGACCACCACGCGAUCCCUUCAGUCAUCGAGCCGGUUCUCAGGGCGCUCCCGCACCGCGUCCUUCCGGCGAUCGGCCCGCGCCUCCCAGAGGUCAGCGGACAGCGCCCUUGGGCUCUCCAGGUCCUCCUACUCUGACACCGACUGCAGAUACUACGACGACACGGAGCGUGAAGCGCCUCUGACGCCGCUGCGGCCAGCCUCGCAGCCCAACCACAACCCCGUCCAGCGGCUUCCAGACCCUCCCGUCGUGGCUGGCGCGACGGAGCUGCCGGGUGGCGUGGGCGCGGCCGACGCGGCGGCAGCGUCCAGGACGCCGGUGCUGUUCAACAAGUACGCGCUGGACCGCGAGGAGAGCACCCGCCGCGAGCGGCCGGCGCUGCGCCGCCCCCACCGCCGCUUCCUAUCGCAGGAGCCGGAGCCGCCCCCGCGCGUCGAGUCGCCGCCGCCGCCCACGCCCUCCUCGGCGCCGCCCACCGGCCCCACCGCCGCUGCCAGCCGUCUGCUCGACAUCCCGACACCGCCGCCCAUGCCGCCCUCUCCCGUCGGUUCCACCGCCACCAGGGAGUCGUCCGGCCGCAGUCGCGGGAUGUCUUCGAUGCGGUCUGGACACGUGAGCCCUUCACGACCGCGCGUCAUGACGCCCAUGGGCUUCGCCAUCAGCCGCCAGGGGUCUCGCAUGUCGCGCCUGCGGGAGCCGGAAGUCUUCGACGACGAGCUGUACGAGUACGAGCUGUACACCGGCGGAGACUCGCUGUACGGCAGCCAGCAGCACCCAGGUACGCGCCCUGUGCCCAUCUGGCUGUGCAUGUUCCUGGUGGUGACGUACAUCUUCUGCGGCGCCUACCUCUUCCACCAGUGGGAAGGGUGGCAGUUCCUCGACUCGGCCUACUUCUGCUUCAUCACGCUCACCACCAUUGGCUUCGGGGACUUCGUGCCCGCUCGGCGCAUGCGCCAGGACGAGAACGCCGAGAUUGGGAUCGCACUGUGCUCCCUGUACCUGCUGUUCGGCAUCGCACUGCUCGCCAUGAGCUUCAACCUCGUCCAGGAGGAGGUCAUCGGUAACGUCAAGGCGGUUGCUCGCCGCCUCGGCAUCAUCAAAGAUGAUGAUGACGAUGACGACUGAGUUGACUUAUUGUCGCACAGGCAAGAUGCUCACAAAAACUGGGUGGGAUUUCGGGGGGGGGGGGGGGGGGUGAGGAACUAGCACUUAUCUCGUUUGUUAUCUAGUUGCUCCAGACUGUGAGAAUUCAGAACUUUUAAUAUUUGACAUCCAGACUGAACUACAUUAAAGAAGCAGUUGUCAACUGACAACCGAACACCCACCAUAAUGCCAGAACACCCACCAUAAUGCCACCACAGAGUGGUUGCAUUCAAAAGUAAUCACCACACACUUUAAGACAUUUACUCCACUGCAGGAUGAGACGAUCAAUUCCUGUAUUGCAGAAUGCAGUCAGCUGCUGAUGGAUAAACAACCACACCCACUCUGCGCUUCCUUGUCUGACUGCAACUGACAUCCACGUAUGUCUUUCUUUACACAGCCAAAGAAAUGAAAAUCACAUGGUGAAAGGUCUGAGUUGUACAGAGGACUUUGCAAAGCUUCCCAACCAAAUCGCUGAAGCAUGGCCUUUGUCCAGUUAGUAGUGUGGGAGCGGGCAUUAUCGUGCUGGAGGACUAUUCCAUCCGACAGCACCCCUGGGUGUUUUGGCUUUACGGCAUGUCACAGUUUGUGUAAAGUAUCUUCAUACCACUGUGCAUUGAUUGUGGCUCCAUGUUUGAGGAACUCAAUGAGCAGCAGCCCCCUGCAGUUAAAGAAGAAGGUCAUCCUGACCUCAGUGGAGCUUGUGUGAACAGCUUUGUAUUCCUUUGGUGGAGGAGAUGUGGGAUGUUUCCACUGCUGAGUUUUCUGUUUGCCCUCUGUUUGCCUGCAGGAUGGAAUCAUUCUGUUGCAUAAGAACGCCCACCAUCGUAUUUCCAAUUGGAUGAACACUAUCUUUCAACAAUUUGGUUGGGAAGCACUGCAACAUCCUUUAUACAGUCCGCACCUUUCACCAUGAGAUUUUCACAUCAUUGGUGACCUGAAGAAAGACAUGCGUGUAUGUUUGUUUCGGUUGUAUGAAGGAGUGCCUGUGGAUCUGUCAGCAGCCGACCACAUUCUGCGAAACAGGAAUUGAUCAUCUUGUCACUCAGUGAGAUAAAUGUUUUAACACUUGUGACAGGUGUUAGGUUUUCAUUUGACUGCUCCUCAUACAUCCACAACUCAGAAGUCAAUAACUGUAAGACAUUCAGAGAUUUUGCAUGGUGUCAUGAAGUCUUUUCCCAGUAUUUGGAUCCCAGUGUUGCAGUCUUCCUCUCAGGGCUGCACUGCUAUUCUAUAUGGAAUUACAUCCCACACAUUGGACGGAAAUCUCACACCUUUACCUUAAAAAUACAUGUAAUGCGCUACUUGAAAGCUUACUGUACACAAUCGCCUUAAGAAGUUUCCUGACAGUUGCAGUGGCCUAGGCACAGCAGCUUCACAUGCCUACCACAACCAGUCACAUAGCAUGAUUUUGUAAAUGUAUCUAUGGCAAAACCUCAGUGCUGUCACAGCUCUAUAUAUGGCUAUUGAUUUUGCCUGCAGCUGUUACUGCUAGUCAACUGAGAGCUGAUGACAGUAGUGCUGUCUGUCAGGGAUCUUCUUACACCAACACAACUGUAGGGUAAUAAAUGUAGGUGAUACACUGAGUGGCAGGAGAAAGCUAUUGUGGUAUUUCAGGAUUGAGAAAUGCGAUAUACACCUCAUCCUUUGUUAUAAUUGUUGUAAAGAAAGUUCCAUUCUCAUCAUCGUCAUGUGUCAGGAUGACUUGGCAAAUUGCCACACAUGCACUCUUGAAGUCAUCCAUUAGUGUUCAUAGCACCCACCUGGAGGACACCUUCCACAUUUUCAAGUCAUCAAGCAGGAUUGUAUGCACAGAUUCCACAGAAAUUCCAACUCCAGAGAAAUAUCUUUCACAUUUAAUUGGCUAUCCUCCAGGAUUUGCCUUCACUUGCAUGACCACAUUGUCAGAUUGGGUGGUUGGCAGGCCGAGGUUUUUUUUGGUUUUUCAUCGCAAGAUGUUUGGCCUUGUUUGAAGUAUCACAUCCACAAACUCAUAUACUUCACAUUUGUGUCACAGUUACCACAUAUCUCACUUAACUGGCAGUAGAUGUCUGUGGUGAAGUUGAUAGAGAAAGUGAACGAUUAUGCACUGUUCUUGUAAUGAAAAGCCACCAUUUCUAGUGACAAGAACACUCCUCUCUGCCACCACAGUUGCUACUGUUCAGUGUGACAUACAGAGCUACCAUCCUUGUCAGUCAUACACAAGGAGUGCUCACAUAUGCUGAGCCACACUGAUAAUUUCUGUCUGCUUCCAGUUACGAAAAUUGGAGACAAAAUUUGAACACACCUUGUACAAUGAUAUUUCAAGCAUUAUGUAGAGACUGUACCUGCAGUUCCCCUUCUCAAUUAAAAUUACUGGAAUGUUUCAUCAGGUCUUCAGCUUCAUAUGUAGGGCUCUGGCACAUUUUAGGUUUUAGCUAGGACAAAACGCUUUUCAUGAUAGUGUUCAGUAGCUCUAGAUUUUGGAGGCUGUAUUGUCCAGUUAUACAAUGUAGGUCUUUUAUACAGGGCAAGGAAAUUACUUCAUAAGUGGUAGCUAUCAGCAUGCCUCACAUCACAUAUUUUGUUGGAACCAGGUGAUCUUUGCAUAUUGUGACUUUUGUAAAUGACGUGGGAUGAUUUCCUCUCUUUGUUAGUGCCAGUAAACAGCCAAUGUAAGUGGCAACAUACCUGGAUAGGGAACAAAUGUAGUUUCAAUGUUAAGAGACUCAUAUGAUAAUCAUUGAAUAGAGGUUCUACCCACUGUAUUCAAUAACUGAAUUGUAAAUCAUGAAAAUGGAACAUAGGAAUUGUAUCCUCUAUGACUGAUAAUUAAAUUUCAUAUCAUCACCGUGAAACUAGGAAUUCAAGCAGCACGAGACAGGGAGUUAAGAAUAAUUUGUAUUGUCCCCUUCUGCAAAGAACUUCUAGACAUUAUCAUGUCCUACAGAGAUUUGCAAAUCAAUAUUCAUGCAGAAUUUUUGUAAAAAAGAGGCCUUUUGUGUUUCAUGCAUGUUUAUUUAACAAUUAAAUGUUACUGGCAACAAUAUCACAGCACUGAUGGAAAAUUCAGUUAAUGUUAUAAAAUUACAUAUUACAUCAAUAUUUUGUAUUAUCUCCUACUUUAAUGAGGAACCUGUGGGCUAAGUACUUAAAAGAGUCCUCUUCUAUUGAAAAAUAGAUUUUCACCAAAUAAAAAGACUGGAUUAUCCUCAGAAAACUGUUGAUAUGUGUGAAGACUGUACAUUUCUCAUAUCUGAUCACUCUAGAAUUGUGAUGUAUCAAUUACCAUUAAUCCAGCAUACUGUCUAAAAUGUGAACAAGGAAAAUUGAUGUGUAAAAGUAAACUGCAGCUUUACAUUGUCUUUCAAAGUGUUCAAAUGAAAAUGACUUUAUACUGAA